AUGGUCUUUCACUCUUCUAUAGCCCGCGCACUGGUAGCCUAUGCACUCUUCCUCUCAGGCGCAAACUGUCAGGAAUCAAUCGUAAAGCCCGACCAACUCUCCCUCGUCACCAAAGGAGAAGAUUACUCAAUCAUGUGGAGAGUCAUCGAUCCUCCAGAAACUUCAUAUGUAUCUAUCACGCUCGUGAAUCCUAGCAUGAAUCUUGGUGGUGGUCUGGACAUCAUCACGAACGCGUUCCGCGUGAAGAUAGACGACCGCAAUGAGGGGCCCGGCUUCUUUGUCUACUCCUACCCGUGGUUUCCUAGCAAUUUACUGGAGGCCAGCGACACUUAUCAUAUCCGCGUCGUGGACGGCAAUGUCACACUCGAGUCUCAGAGCUUCUAUAUCGGCUCAAUAGCGGAUAUAAAAAAGAAGGACCCAGUCAAGUCGCAGGGAUUCCGCACCGGCCCAAGAGCGAAUAGGAAAGAGAAGGAUUCAGUCCGGAACAGGGGGCCAGUGCUGUCCGCCGAGGCAGUUUGGGGCCUAGUUGGUGGUGCAACAGUUAUCUUGGUUCUGGUCCUCAUUGUGCUUGUGGUCUACAUAGCGAGGCGGGGUGGUUGCACAAUUGCAAAGAAGGUUAGGCUGGAGGGCGUGGAACGAGCAGAGAUAAAGGCUGAAGGACCUGAGGAAAUGAUUUAUCGCCUUGCAGAGCUAGAAACCCGCAUAAAAGAGCUAGAAGGAAGCCGGGGAGAAUUACUCUCGUGCCCAGGCUUUUGUCAACUCGUUCCCUCUUCUACGGGCUGUAGAAUUACACCAAAGGCUUGGCACGAUAUUAAGGGCAACAAGGAACGCUCAGAGUUACCUGGAAGCGUGAUAGUGGGAAAGGAAGCAACGGCGGAUCUACUACAAAGAGAAAAGCCUGCACUGAGUCGGAAACCGAGCGCGUAUAAAAAUUCGAGGGAACUUUUUACCGUUGGAGCGUAG